GUUUAUGUUUGGAGCAAUGCUUGUUAAUUUAUCAUAUCAUAUGUGAACGGUGUAUCUUUAUUUAGCCACAAUCAAAUGAAAUUAAAACUAAUAAGAAAUUUAAGCUAAGUCUAUACAAUUUUUAUAUAAAAUUAUUACUGUUAUAAAAAUGUUUUAUAACAGUCUACGACCAAUUACUUAUAUUUUUCGAGAAUGUCGUUUUAUAAACAGAAGAACAUUAAUCGGUAUGAAAUUUUCCAGUGUUGCUGAAAGUGAACGAGAUUAUGAAGCAGUUGGUGAAAAAAUUAGCUCUUCAGAUGAUAUGGUAGUUGGACAUUUAUCAGUUGGGAUGGGGGUUUGGAUGAUCCCAGUACGAGACAUGAAGAAUCCAUACGAAAAAGAGAAGAUAAAGUGCAUAUUAUGUAAAUAUGGAAUUCACGUAGACUACAAGAACAUCAGAUUGUUGAGCCAGUUUGUUUCACCAUAUACGGGAAGGAUUUAUGACAAGCAUAUUACAGGUCUCUGUGACGCACAGCAAAAAAAAGUAAAACAAGAAAUACUAAAAGCACAGAACUUUGGUUUCAUGCCUACUAUUACAAAGGAAGUCAAAUUUUUUAAAGAUCCCAAGCUCUUUGACCCAUUCAACCCAAAGAGACCCCACCCACAUUAAAUAUGUGUUUCAAUAAUGUUAAAUUAUCGUAUAAACAUUGUAGUUUUUAGUGGAAUAUUUUGUACUAAACACGUAAUACAGUUGUUUCAAUCAGAUGGAACUUGUACAUUUCUGAUUCUUGAUUUACUAUAAUUAUAUGUUGUCUUCAUACAAGAUUUUAUGUUUUUGUGUGCAGAUUUUCAAUUCAUUAGUCCGUUACAGGUAAUGAAUUUUAGGAAAUGCGAUACUGUUUUAAAAUAAUCAUCGUUCUAAUACUCUGAAAAGAUGAACUGAACUUUUUGUGUAAUUUCAACGUGUGAUGUAAUGAUGGAUAUUUGGUUUAAUCUUACAACCACUUGUUGAUUCAGAAAAGUACAAUAUGCCCCGGCAUCGUAAAAUGAGAAGUCGUGCGAUAGAGUUGACGUUGAAAAUAUCGAGUACAAAACAGAAACAGACCCAUUAGUACUUGGUAGAUUUGCCUUUUCCAUGUUUGAAAGGGUUUGUAAUGAAGUAUUAUGGGUACUUCAGAUAAUAUCGCUUGUUUUAGAUAUUUGUAUGUCGGGGCACUAUAUUUCGUACAAGCCCAGCUGUAGGUUGUCUCAAAUGUUCUCACCUAAAUUAAUAAAGAAAAGAUCUAAUAGAUUCUAUGUAUAUAUGGCCUAUCUAUAUUUUAUUAAUGAGCAGAUACUACGUUUGAAAACCAUACAAAUAUAUACAAUACUUAAUCAAUCUGUUUCAGUCCAAUAAUUAAAGAAAACAAGUUAAAAACUCAAUAUGGUAAUAAAGUAGUUUUGUAUUUUUAGUAAAAUAAGUUAUAAUGUUUGACAAAAAUACAUGCAGACUGGAUUAAAUAGGUAUAUAGAUACUUAUCUUAUUAACUUCAACUUCCAGAAAGAUAUGAAAACUUACGUGUAUCUCUACAGUAAAGGCGACAUGCUAGUUAAAAGUACACAUAUAGUGGUUUGUGUUCUUGAAUAAAGAUCGUUUAACUGUGUUUUA